UUUUUUUACCCUAAAUUAAGCCCCCAAAACACUUUUUUUUUUAAAUAACAUUUUUCGACAUAGCCAAUUUUUACUUUGUGGCUGUGGUAACUAUCGGAAAACACUAGAAAAAAAACUGAACAAGACAAUAGUGCAACGUUAUGAGCGGUGAGGACUGGAAUAUGUGAACAUUGUACACUGCUGGUGAUAUAUAACCCACCGUUGAAGAUGCCUGCGGUGUCCCGCGGGGCGAAGGACUUGUACCUCUCUACUAACCUGGGGGAUCUCAACAAGAAAGCUGAAGUCAAGCCUGACAAAAUCAACACCAGGAGCUAUGUCCAGAGUGCCUGUAAGAUCUUCAAGGCUGCGGAGGAGUGUCGUCUGGAUGGAGACGAGGAGAAGGCCUAUGUUCUCUACAUGAAAUACCUAACGGUUUAUGAUCUCAUCAAGAAGAGGCCCGACUUCAAGCAGCAACAGGAGUUCUUCCUGUCCGUGUUGGGGCCCACCAGCUUUAAAAAAGCAAUAGAAGAAGCAGAGAAACUCUCUGAAAGCCUUAAACUCAGGUACGAGGAAGUCGAGGUUCGCAAAAAGCUUGAGGAGAAAGAGAGACAAGAGGAGAAGAAAAGGAGGGAGGAUAAGACGGAGAAAGAUGGAGGGAGGGCAUCUCCGAAAGCAGGGAAAGAGAUCAAGAAGACUUCCCGCCUUACCUACCUACCUCCCUCCCUCCCUACCUCCCUAGCUGCGGUGUCAGCGGGAGGGAUCACAGCAGAGGGGUUGUUCAAGAUGAUGAGGGACCAGGCCAUUACGGUCAUUGUGAUGGACGCUCGCUGCCUCCGAGACUUCCAGGACUCACAGAUCCAGGUCCCCACCCAGACUGUCAUCAGUGUCCCAGAGGAGGCUAUCAACCCUGGCAUCACAGUGAACCAGAUUGAGGCCAAUCUACCUGAUGCGUCCAGAGAGACGUGGAAGAGACGGGGGUUCGUAGAUUACAUCAUCCUACUGGACUGGUUCAGCUCUGUUACUGACCUCAAACUGGGAAGCACCUUACAAAGCCUCAAAGAUGCUCUCUACAAGUGGGACAGUACCACUAUCCUGUUGGAGGGAGGCUAUGAGAGCUCCAUUGAG